AUGGGUCGCCGUGACUUCCCACUGCCACGUCGAGACUUUCCCGACUUCUCGGUCUCGCCUGAUGUGCAUCAGGACUGCAAGGACCUGGCCACGAAGCUGCUGGCCCAUACGGUGCACGAGUUCGAGCGCUAUGCGUAUGAUGAGAACGGCGCGGUCAGCAGCCGGCGGUGGAAGGCGAAGGCUACCAAGAACGACAUCACACUGUACCGCGAGCGUGACGGCGGCUCGAUGGGCAUGGUGCUAGCGGACUCGUUGCAUCGGCUGGUCGAGAAGCAGGAUAUUUUCUCUCCGACCGCAGCGACGCUGAUCCCGCCGACGCUUUUGCUCAUCGGCACCAGACAAGGUUUCGUGGAGAACGCCAUGAGCACGUUGGUGACGCUGACGCAGGACGAAUUGGCGCUGGUGGUUAAGUUUCUGCAUGGCGACGUGGCCGACUGCGCCGUGCUGCACACGAUGGAGGGCCCCACUGCGAGCAAGCCCUUCCACUUCCUGGGCUUCAAGUUCUUCGUGACGGAGUCUGCAGCCGACGCACGGAUCAUCAAGCGACGGCACAGUGUUUAUAUGGAGUAUACUGGGCUCACCCGCUCUCGGACAGGAGAAAUACUGGGCUAUCACAUGAUGCAAUCCGUAGCAUUACCUCAGUUUCCUGACCUUACGAGUCACAAUUCAGUCUGUGCGAUGACGUCCAUGCGCUUUAUCUAUCGGCAGAAAGCGGACGGCCUGGUAGAAAUCUUCAUGCUGGGCAGCAUCGACGUCUCUGGCUGGCUCAUCAAACCCAUGGCCACUAUAGUCGUCGAGGACGUGACGUUCGGCAUGACGCGGAUGCUCGACUGCUCCGAGACUAAGAGACUCACUCAGAUGGCGUGUGAAUUCCAGAAACGGAAGCACGACGAACGGCGCGGCCGGCGACCCACGCGCCAGACAUCCGUCGGCGACGGCACGAGCUGUUCCGUGUGUCAGCGCGAACGCAAGAGCGGGUUUAAGGGCGUCAAGCUCAUUCCGUGCCUGGUCUGUGGAUACAAAGCCUGCUCUCGCUGCCGCGCCAACAAACAGAUCUUUGUGACCAGUAACGACGGGCUUCUAGGCAAGCUCGUCAAGGUACCUGUGUGCAGUAUCUGCACCAUGACGGCCAACAUCAGCUACUACGAGCAGCAGUACCGGGCGCAGCAAAAGAGCAGCUCCAGCGAAGAGAUGUCCUUCCGGCCAAUGCAUCUGUCUGAUCGAUACGACCGCGAAGAUUCCUUGAGCUUUUCCGAAUCGAGCAGCAGAGGACAGAGCAGACUGCGGCACGAGGAAGGCUCCGGCUCCUCGAACGAUUUGAUGCGCUACUUUCACGCUGCAAGAGAGCGAGAGAACUCGUUGGAGUCUGUAAGCCGGCAGACUGAAGGGAACCAGCACGCCCAGCGAUGA